CACUCUCCUUCCUUAUCUGAAUCUCAUUCAUGUUCGCUCUUAGUCACGGAGAUCGGUGGCACACUGCGCAACAAAUGAAAAAUGAAUUCCCUAUCCCUUUGCAACUCUCUCGACCCUCACACUCUGAAACCCAUUUUUCAAAAAAAGGACCUCCAUUUCUCUCAAUCUCUUCUGUUUCACAAUUUUCCCUCUAAUUUCAAAACCAAACUCAAACCACUCUCAUCCUCAUCACGAUGUUGCAUCAAAGCCACCUCAGCCAAUCACGCCGCAACUUUCGAAAUCGAUAUGGUCAGAAACAAGCAAGGAGUCUACACACAAAAAACUAACAACAAGGUCGUUGUUUUGUGGGACCUCGAUAACAAGCCACCACGUGGCCGUCCGUACGAUGCGGCCAUGUCGUUAAGAAGGGUAGCUGAGAAGUUUGGGGAGGUAACUGACAUAUCUGCUUACGCUAACCGUCACGCUUUUAUUCACCUCCCUCAGUGGGUCAUCGAGGAACGCCGUGACCGCAAGUCGUUGGACAUUUUUGAACGCAGAGGAGUUGUGAUCCCCAGUGAUCCGUACAUCUGCGGAGUGUGUGGUCGUAAAUGUAAGACCAAUCUUGAUUUGAAGAAACAUUUUAAACAGUUACAUGAACGGGAGCGGCAAAAAAAGUUGAAUCGAAUGAGAUCGUUGAAGGGAAAAAAGAGACAAAAAUAUAAAGAGAGGCAUAUAAGUGGGAAUGAGAAAUACAAUGAAGCGGCGAGGAAUAUUUUGAAGCCCAAAGUUGGUUAUGGGUUGGGUUCGGAGUUGAAGAGAGCUGGUGUGUUUGUUAAGACGGUUGAGGAUAAACCACAAGCUGCAGAUUGGGCGUUGAAGAGACAGAUGCAGCAUUCUAUGAGUAGAGGGAUUGACUGGCUGUUUUUGGUGUCAGAUGAUAAGGAUUUUAAGGAGAUGUUGAGGAAAGCGAGAGAGGCGAAUUUGGGUACCGUUGUGGUGGGAGAUUCAAAUAGAGGAUUGGGGCAGCUAGCAGAUUUGUGGGUGCCAUGGAUAGGGGUGGAGAAUGGGGAGUUGACAGAGAAGGAUUUGGUGCCUAGGAGAAGGAGUAACGAGGGUUUUGAGAGGAAUGAAGAUGAAUUGUUUUCUGUUAGGCAGUUUGAUGGAGGAUUUGGUUUUGAGGGUGAAAGGGAUUUGGAUGACGUGGUUAAUGUGCUUGUUGGUGAAAGAAACGAGUUUCGUGGUGUGAGGAUAUCGAUGUUUUCAGAAGGAGAAGAGGAAGAUGAAGAUUGGGUGACUGACGAAAUGGAUGGAGACUAUUUCUUAAUGGAAGAGGGAAUUGAAGACGUAGAUGGAUACUAUUGAGAUAACAAAUGCAGUUGUUUAUACGAGACACGUCGUUGGAGCACAUUGAUCUUUAAUGGAACGAAAAGAGCUUGCACUCUUCAGUUGAGAGCAGAAUCAGCCUAUUGAAUGCUUUGUCGACAUAUGGUGUCCUGGUUUUUCCUCUCAAGUAAAAGUGGAUAUUUUAUAAUGCAUUUAGUCAUUUGAUUUUCUGAGAAUGCUUGUGCGAUCAUCAAACACUCCUAUUUGUUCUCAGAUACCGAAAGUAGAUGCUUGUGGUCUUCAGAUAUGAAAUGGGUGUAUGUCUGACCUAAAGUCUUAGCAUGCUUCUUAAGUUAGAUUAUAGUCAGAGUGAUAUACUGUAUUAACUUCGCUAGUAUUACAUAAUGAGAACUGUGGACAUUGCCAU